CCAGACUCGGCUGGGGGAAGGGGAGCAGCGGUGGCGCAAGCCGCGCGGAGCAGCGCAGCCCGGGUUCGCUCCUUGCUUAGCCGCCGGCUCCCUACCCGACCAGCCUAGCCGGCGCCCCAGCACUCCCGGAACACCUCAGAGCGGACGGAAGGGAACUUAGCGACGGAGUGACGGAGAUCUAGCUUCCUGCGGUGGGGUCGCCGCCACCGCCGCCGCUGCUUUGAACCAGCGCCUCGACCUCGGCCUGAGGAAACUCUCUUCCAAGGAAAAAUGAAGAAGAAAACUGUGUAUACACUAAAUGUGGGAGAUCAGGAGUAUGAAGAUAUGGAAGGUGAAGAAAACAAUACUGCUACCAUUGGUCUGUUGUACAGUGAAGCAGAUAGAUGUCCAAUUUGUCUUAAUUGCCUAUUAGAGAAGGAAGUUGGUUUUCCAGAAAGUUGUAAUCAUGUCUUCUGUGUGACCUGUAUUCUCAAAUGGGCAGAGACACUGGCUUCAUGUCCUAUUGACCGAAAACCUUUUCAGGCAGUGUUUAAAUUCAGUGCAGUGGAAGGAUGUGUUAAGAUUCAAGUAAAAAGACAACUGAGAGAAACAAAAGACAAGAAAAUUGAAAGCUCUCUUAAGAAACAGCUGUCCUGUCAUGAAAGUUCUGAAAGCUCUAUAAGAAAAAAAAACAUCAUAAGGGAAGAUGUAUUAAGUGCAAGAUUUUAUGACUUGAAGAUGAUACAUAGAAUCUCUUCAUACAAUAAAAUGGGAAGAAAGAAAAAUGCAGCAAUAAAGAUAAAUAAGCCUCAAAGAUCAAACCAGUGUGCAAGUCAUUGCUUCAGAAAUUUUUUCUCCAAUAUAUUUUCUUCUAUUAGUCACACUGGAGAAUCUUCUUUUACCUAUAGAGCUUACUGUACAGAAUUUAUAGAAGUCACUGAAAUCAGUGCAUUGAUUAGGCAGAAGAGACAGGAACUGGACUUGUCAUGGUUUCCUGAUACAUUGCCUGGAAUUGGAAGAAUUGGUUUUAUACCUUGGGAUAUUGAAACAGAAGUUCUUCCUCUCAUAUCUUCUGUGUUGCCAAGAACUAUUUUUCCAACAAGUACCAUAUCUUUAGAAAAUUUUGGUACUUUUUGCAAGGGAUACACAUUAACACAUACCCAGGAAGGGGAAGAAAAGAAGCAGACUUCUGGUACAUCAAAUACUAGAGGAUCAAGACGAAAACCUGCAACAGCAACUCCUACAAGGAGAUCUACACGUAAUACAAGAGCUGAGACUGUCAAUCAGUCUCAGAGAUCCCCAGUAUCAAGUAAUUCUGGGUGUGAUACCCCAGGUAACAGUAAGCCUUCUGUAAGUGUUUCCUCUCCAGCUGAGUCAGAAAAGCAAAGACAAGCUCCAAAACGGAAGCCUAUAAGAAGAGGAAGAAAACCACCUAUACUGAAAAAGAAACUCCGGAGUUCUAUACCUCCCCCUGAAAAAUCAUCUUCUAGUGAUUCAGUAGAGGAAGAAACAGCAGAAUCUGACACACCACCUGUGUUAGAGAAAGAGCAACAAUCAGAUGUAGAAAGUAGUAACAUUUGUUCUGUGCAGACAGAUAUAGAAAAUCAGUCUGCUAAUGGUUUGAAAAGCUGCAGUGAACAAAUAGAGGAAAGUGAGGAACAUAGCAAGCAUCAUGAUGUAGAGCAAAAAGAACCAUAUUCUGAAUCUACUCAAGAUCUUCCUGUGCUAGUUGGAGAGAAAGAAGAAAAUAAACUUGAGAGUACAAAUACAGAAGCCAAGGUUUUGUGUUUAGAAAGUGAGCUUUCUAAAGACAUUUUUGAAAAAGGAAGUGAUCCUUUGGAAAAUCAAGAUCAGAUAUCUGAAUCUUCAGAAUCAGAGGUAAAGGUAGUUGUAUGUUCAGAUCAUCCUCUAAGUGAUUUUCUUAAAUGUUCAAGAUCUGAAAUUGAAAUACACCAACCUGUCUCUAGUCCCCUAGGUGACAAGUCUGAGAAUGCAGAGUCAGUGGUUAAUAAAGAUAUAGUAGAAGGUUCUGUAGAAGGAAUUAUUGAUCAUGAUUCUUCAGUAAAAACAGAAGAGAUUGUAGAGAGCCCCAAGUUAGAAUCUUCAGAUGGUGAAAUCAUACAAACAGCAGACGUGAAAUCUUUUGAGAGUGCAGAGGUUCAGUUACUUACACAUGUUGACAAUGAAGAUGCAGUAAUAGCUGCAACAUGUGAUACUGCACAAAAUGAAAAGUUGGAUAACAUUCAAGACUCUGAAAACAAUUUAUUAAAAAAUGACAUUAAUACCAAAUUGGACAAAUCUUUAGAAGAACAUACUGAAUCUGUGGUUGAACUUCCCAGAUCUCUAGAGUUGCCCAACACAGACAUAGAGCAGAUACAGAAACAUUUCAGUGAGGAUGAUAAUGAAAUGAUACCCAUGGAGUGUGAUUCAUUUUGCAGUGACCAAAAUGAAUCUGAAAUUGAAUCAUCUGUAAAUGCUGAUACUAAAAAAUUAAAUGAAAAUUCUGUGGCACACAGUUCUGAAAAUAUACCAUCUUCUGAUUCUGUAAAUGAAAAGGUUGAAACUAUGUCUCAGCUAUCUGAAAGCCCAAUAGAUAUAACAGAUAAAGUCAAAAAACCUCGUACUCGGAGAUCAAGAUUUCAUUCUCCAUCUACAACGUGGUCUCCCAACAAAGACCCUACACAAGAAAAGAAGCGGUCUCAGUCUCCAUCUCCCAAAAGAGAUACCAGAAAAGAAAGCAGGAAGUCUCGAUCACCAUCUCCUAAGAAAGAAUCUGCUAGAGGACGGAAAAAAUCUCGUUCUCAGUCCCCCAAAAAGGAUAUGACAAGAGAAAGGAGGCAUUCUCAGUCUCCAAAAAGAGAGAGUGCCAGGGAAGGCAGAAGAUCUGAAUCAUUGUCCCCCAAAAGAGAUAUUUCUAGAGAGAACCAAAGAUCACAGUCAAGAGUGAAAGAUUCCUCCUCAAGAGAAAAAUCGAGGUCCCAGAGCAGAGAAAGAGAAAAUGAUGGGCAGAGGAGAGAACGUGAUAGAGAAAGGAGAACUAGACGGUGGUCCAGGUCCAGAUCUCGUUCUAGGUCACCAUUACGGUCUAGAACAAAAAGUAAAAGUUCAUCGUUUAGUAGAAAUGAAAGAGAUAACUACUCUCCCCGGUGGAAGGAAAGAUGGACAAAUGAUGGUUGGAGAUGUCCACGAGGAAAUGAUAGGUAUAGAAGGAAUGACCCAGAGAAGCAAAAUGAAAAUACUAGAAAAGAAAAAAAUGACAUCAAUUCAGAUGUUGAUGAUCCCAAUUCUGACAAACAUAGAAAUGACUGUCCCAGUUGGGUAACUGAAAAAAUUAAUUCUGGGCCUGAUCCAAGGACCAGAAAUUCAGAAAAGUUGAAAGAUUCCCACUGGGAAGAAAAUAGAAAUGAAAAUUCAGGGAAUUCUUGGAACAAAAACUUUGGUUCAGGUUGGAUGUCAAACCGUGGUAGAGGUAACCGUGGCAGAGGCACUUACAGAGGUAGUUUUGCCUACACAGAUCAGAAUGAAAAUAGGUGGCAAAACCGAAAACCCCUCUCAGGGAACUCAAAUAGUUCAGGGAAUGAUUCUUUCAAGUAUAUGGAACAGCCACCCUAUAAGCGAAAAAGUGAGCAAGAGUUCUCAUUUGAUACACCAGCAGAUAGAUCAGGAUGGACAUCUGCAUCUAGUUGGGCUGUGAGAAAGACUUUGCCAGCAGAUGUACAAAACUAUUAUUCACGACGAGGGAGGAAUUCUUCAGGUCCACAGUCUGGAUGGAUGAGACAAGAAGAGGAAACAACUGAACAGGAUUCUAACCUAAAAGACCAAACAAACCAACAAGUUGAUGGUUCUCAGCUACCUAUAAAUAUGAUGCAACCACAAAUGAACGUAAUUCAGCAACAAAUGAAUGCACACCAGCCUAUGAAUAUCUUCCCAUAUCCAAUGGGUGUUCAUGCCCCUUUGAUGAACAUCCAACGCAAUCCAUUUAACAUUCAUCCUCAGCUACCCUUGCAUCUCCACACAGGAGUGCCUCUCAUGCAGGUAGCUGCUCCUACCAGUGUAACUCAGGGACUGCCACCACCACCACCCCCUCCCCCGCCAUCCCAACAAGUCAGCUACCUUGCUUCACAGCCAGAUGGAAAGCAGUUGCAGGGUAUUCCUAGUGCUUCUCAUGUAGGUAAUAACAUGAGUACACCAGUCUUACCUGCUCCGACAGCAGCCCCAGGAAAUAUGGAAACAGUUCAGGGACCAAGUUCUGGUAAUACUUCGUCAUCAAGUCACAGCAAAACCUCUAAUGCUGCUGUAAAAUUGGCAGAAAGCAAAGUAAGUGUUACAGUGGAAGCCAGCGCAGAUAGCUCGAAGACAGACAAGAAAUUGCAAAUUCAAGAAAAAGCAGCACAGGAGGUAAAAUUGGCCAUUAAGCCAUUUUAUCAAAAUAAAGAUAUCACCAAGGAAGAAUAUAAAGAGAUUGUACGGAAAGCAGUAGAUAAAGUUUGUCAUAGUAAGAGUGGAGAAGUAAAUUCUACCAAGGUGGCAAAUCUGGUUAAAGCCUAUGUAGACAAAUACAAAUAUUCACGGAAGGGGAGCCAAAAGAAAACUCUGGAGGAACCUGUGUCUGCUGAAAAAAACAUAGGCUGAAAUGGGGAGCUCUAUAAAGGACAUUGUCAAGAUAUCUGCAAAGUGCAAUUUCAACAUGUACCAUUAACUGAAAAUCAUACAUAACUGUGACUGAAAUUUGGUUUUGAUAAAAUUAUUUUUUUUAAUGUAGGAUAUAAUGUUUUGUUCUAAAUAAAUAUAGUUCUGCACUGCAACUUCUAUAUCCAACCCCUCACCCUCAAAUAAAGCAAAUUCAUGGGAGAGAAAGGGUUUAAAGGAAUUGUGCAUUUUUACUAGGACUGUGUUAUAGUGUGGAUACUGGAAGAUGUACAGCUUUUUGAUUAGAAUAAUGGAGUGCAUAGAUUAGAAACUUCUAAGUGCACUGGUUUUGGAAGAUAUAUAUAUAUAAUACAUUUAUUCUGUCAGACUAAAAAAUAAAGUAUGAUCUUUAUGACUUUCCCCCUUAAUUAUAGAAAGUUAAAUAAUGUAUCACCAUGAAAAAUAUUUCUAAUAUUAAACAGAACAUACCAAUUGCAGGGUUCCGAAUGUGUAUUUUUAAAGCACAUAUCUGAAUAAAUUGCUUAGAUAGAAAACAAAUUAUCACAUAAGUAAAAUUUAGUGUUCAAAACUUUGAGACACUCUUUAUCUGUUGUAUCGCCAAAUAAAGGUUAUGCUGCUUGUU